CAAACUUGCGGACGGGUUCACGGUCAUGAACUGUGCUUGGCGCUUACCCGGUCCGGCACUAUAAAUCCUACUCCUCCCCUGCCGCCACCACACCAAGUUCAUCCUCAGUUCAUCACAAGACGCCACUGAUCGGCAAGCUAACUAACUAGGUGCUGAGCUGAACCGGGGGGGCAGGCAUGGAGGACACGGCGGCGACGCUGGCGGCGGAGCUGGACCGGCUGCUUGCCAUGGCGAGGGAGCUGGAGGCGCGCGUCGACGGCGACCAGGGCGCGCCGGGCGACGCCAGGCAGCUCUGCGCGGCGCUGGCCGAGUCCGUGGACAGGGCCAUCCGCCUCGCCGGGCGCAGCCCGCCCGGCGGCGAGGGCGAGGGCGAGGGCAAUGCCACCGGCAGGUCGAGCGUGACCGGGCAGGUCAGGGGCGGCAGGAAGUCGGCGGCGGACAAGGUGCGGACGCAGGUGCGGGUAGCGUCGGUGACGGACGUGGGGCCGCUCAACGACGGGCUCAGCUGGCGCAAGUACGGCCAGAAGGACAUCCUGGGGGCCACGUACCCCAGGGCAUACUUCCGGUGCACGCACCGGCACACGCAGGGCUGCCGGGCCACCAAGCAGGUACAGCGCGCCCACGCCGACCCGCUGCUCUUCGACGUCCUGUACCUCGGCGCGCACACCUGCGCCCAGGCCGCCGCGGUCCUGGCCAGCCUGGAGCACCAGCCUCCUGCCGCCUUCGGCCUGGAGCAGCAGCAGCAGCAGAGCAGCUCGCCGGAAGGGAUCCAGUGGCCGGUAGAGUCCCUGACGCCGCCUUCCUUCCCCUCGUCGCCGGCGGGCUGCUACACGCCGGGGAACCCCUGGUGCCAGCUUGCCGGCAGCCACGGCUACGCUGACAUGGCGUACGAGUACGACCCUCAGUUCGACGAGCUGUUGUUGAAUCUGUCCGAGGUGUUCCAACCCGAGGUUCAGAACCUGUAGGCGCCGCGGCCAGUAUCGUACUGUAUUUAGAUUCAGACUCGUGUGAUCGCCGGCCUGGGCAGACGUGCUGCUGUUGAAUCUCUGGAGCAGGGGAUCGGCAUCGAAGGAGAAGUAGUUAGUGUUACUCCAACUGGUUCCGACCAGGUUAUUGAAGGAGUCGUGUAGGAUGUUAGCUCGGUUGCCCAUGGUGAGAGAAAACAACUGAACCAUCAACAUCUAGAGCCUUAUAAUAUGAUUCUUCCGGAGCCGAAACGUAGAGCAAAUAUGAAACUACUCUCUCCCUUCA